AUGACCGAAGAGCGGACGAAGCGACAGAGGUUGCCUUCGCGGCAAGCCUGUCUGGGAUGUCGGAAGCGAAAGCACCGAUGUGACGGCGAACGGCCUGUCUGUGGGGGAUGUCGAAGCAGGCGUAUUGCCUGUCAGUAUCCAUCGAACAUCGCUCCGAAUCUGAGCUCUCUCCAAAGACCCACGACGGGGUUGUUUCCCUCGAACAGCAGUUCGGUGCCGUCUACGGCAGUCCAAUGGGAUGGGAUCAGUCCAAUGGCCUUGUCGAAUCUACACAAUAAUUCUUCUUUGCGUCAAUCUACAGCUCAGCUGAGGACUAUUCCGCCUGGAGCGGGCGGAAAACAGCAAGGCCUUCAGACAUCCCCACAGGAAUUGGUUUCGGCUUGCAGACCUUCUGGCGAACAACCGGAUAUGUCUUCGACCAUUGCCUCAUUCCUGAUUAGAGACGGAAUGCAAUCGGACAUCAGUCCAGCUAGGCCGGACCGGCCUGAUGACAGUGAUCGCCCGCUCUCACCCAGCUCCAACACUCUUGCCCCAAAUAAUGCGUCUACCGACGACUCAGCAGGUGCUGAUGGCUAUUUUGGCGAUUCGUCUACGUUUGCAUUCGUGUCAAAAGUCCAACCCGACACGCAAAACCUUCCGGGCGUCCACCUACAGCAUGGCCAGCCGAGCGGAUCGCCGUCGACGACUGCUCCAGGCUGCCAUGACGAAGGGGGACAAGACACCGUCUACUCAAUGAGGACGCAACUCCCAGAUCGACAUCUAGCUGACAACCUGGUCGAUGUAUACUUCAACCGGUUCCAUCUGAUCUAUCCCUUUCUCCACGAAAGCAGCUUUAGAGCCGAGUACGAGAACAUGUGGGCAGAUCCGGAACAGGCUCCCCGACGCUCAUCGUGGCACGCAUUGCUCAAUGCAGUAUUCACAUUGGGCUACGAGUUCUACAACGAGCUUGCUUCGAGUGAUGUCCCAGCAGCCGUGCCCCCUUUCUCAGACCGUGCCCGAACCAUAAUACUGGCCCAGGUGUACAAGCGGGGCAACCUGGAGCUCAUGCAAGGUCUUCUGCUGCUCUGUCACUACCUACAGGGCACGCUUGAUCUGAACGAAUGUUGGAACCUGGUAGGUCUCAUGAUCCGAACCGCCUUCAGCAUCGGCCUACACCUGAAUCCAGACUCGCUAUCGGUCUCCAGCGUGGAGAAGGAGGUCCGGAAGAGGGUGUGGUGGGGAUGCUUUGCCCUGGAUCGAACAGUGAGUAUGAAAUUUGGCAGACCUCCCUCGUUACAUCUGCAGGACGCCCUCGCCGUUCCGUAUCCGUUACCGGUGGACGACCAGUAUAUACAAAAUGACAUCCAAGCCCCUCGACAACCGUCCUACCUGCCGUCGACCACCGAGUUUUUCAUACAUACAAUCAAACUAGCACGCCUGAUUGACGACAUCUUGCGACAUCUUUACUCUGCACACCGUGGACCCUCUCGGUCGGAAAGCACAGAUCCUUUGGUCCCAGAACAGGAGCUCGAGAUCGCCGAAUUGAUCAUCCUAGAUGGCCGGCUCCGGUCGUGGUGGAACACGAAGCCCGCACACCUGGUUCCAGAGUCUCCAACCUGGGCCAGCACCGUCUUCCAGCGCCAGCAGACCGUUAUGCAGAUCAGAUACAAGCAGAUCCAAAUCCUCCUACGUCGCCCUCUGUUGCUGAUGUUCAGCCGCGACGACCCCGACGACGAUUUCGUUCGUGCCAUUGCGGUCGCCGGGUCGCAGAUGUGCCUGGCCGCCGCCCGGCAGACCAUCCGCAUGAUUCACGAACAAUACCAUCGGCAGCUCCUCAACCCAUUGUGGUACAACCUACACUACAUUUUCACGUCCAUGGGAGUGUUGCUGCACGUCCGAAACAUGGACAAGAGCAAAGCGGAGGUCAUCGAACCGGAGCAGCGCGGAGAGACCGUGGACGCGCUGGAUUGCGGCAUGGACUUCCUCAAGAAGGCGAGCCAGAUCAGCCCCCUGGCCGCGCGGUACGUCAAGAUGCUGCAGUACAUUCGCGACGUCGUCGAUCAAGGCACAGCCCGCCCGAGCCGGAAGGACGGGUCGAAGCUGAGCGGCGGCGGCGGCGGCGGCGGCGUCCUGUAUCCCAACUACGCGGCCUUGGCCCAGGGGCAGGAGUUGUGGCCCGACCUGGCCUCCUGGCAGACACAGCGGUUCCUCACCGAGGAGGAAAUCGACCUCGACGGGGUCGACCUGGAGAGCUUCUUCCUGGGAAACUGA